UCUCCACCAGGAAAAGUAAAAGACGCUGUGAAGAAGGCUAUUGAUGUAGGCUAUCGCCAUGUAGACUGUGCCUACGUGUACGAAAAUGAAGAAGAAGUCGGCAAUGGUAUUCAAGACAGGAUCCAGGCUGGGGUUGUAAAGCGUGAGGAUCUUUUUAUUGUCAGCAAGCUUUGGUGCACCUUCCAUGAGAAGGCUUUGGUCAAGGGCGCCUGUCAGGCAACUCUAAAAGCCUUGAAAUUGAACUACCUUGACCUCUACCUUAUUCACUGGCCUCUAGGAUGCAAGGCAGGAGAUGAUCUGUUUCCUAUGAAUGAAAAAGGCAUGAUGAUAGCCGGUAACACAGAUAUUUUAGACACAUGGGAGGCAAUGGAGGAACUCGUAGAUGCCGGAUUGGUGAAGGCCGUUGGUGUUUCCAACUUCAAUCAUGAACAGAUUGAGAGAAUCUUGAAGAAGCCCAAGUUGAAAUACAAACCUGCAAAUAACCAGGUUGAAUGCCACCCAUAUCUUACUCAGGAAAAGCUGAUUGAUUACUGUCACUCCAAAGGGAUCUCCAUCACAGCCUAUAGUCCCCUUGGCUCUCCUGAUAGGCCCUGGGCCAAGCCUGAAGAUCCAUCACUCCUGGAUGAUCCAAAAAUUAAAGAGAUUGCAGCUAAGCACAAUAAAACAGCAGCUCAGGUCCUGAUCCGGUUUCAUAUCCAAAGAAAUGUAGUUGUGAUUCCCAAGUCCAUCACUCCAGCACGGAUUGAAGAAAACUUCAAGGUAUUUGACUUCGAGUUGUCUAAGCAGGACAUGGAAACUAUCCUCAGCUUCAACAGGAACUGGAGGGCAUGUGCAAUGACCAUGUGUAUUAAUCACAAGGAAUAUCCUUUCAGCAUUGAAUAUUAAAAGUCCUGCAAAUCACAGAAAUACACAGUGGACUGUUGGCGUUGAUUUUGUUGGCAUCUUUUUUUGGAUCAGCCUCUCCAUGCAAUCUUUAUAAACCUUUUUCUGCCUAGAUUGAAUAUGAUGUAAGUGAUUGUUCUUAUGAAUAUACCUUUCUCUGGCAAGAUCAUAAGUGGCUGGAGCUUUAGAAAAAUAAGCAGUAAUUUCAUUAGUUUUGUAUUUCUUCUGAAGCCGUUUCAAAUUAAUGUCUCCUGUUUGAAAAAGCAGAAUAUCUUUUAACAUUUGGGCAAAUAAAGUGUAAUGAUUUGUGUGUGUGCCUAUAUUAAACUUAACUCUUCCUCUUUCUUUGGCUCCAGACUUGGUCCAUUAAAGUUUUGAUGGGGUUAUAUGUUUUUUAAGUUACUCUCUGUGGAACUCUGAUUCAAGAAUUUGGAAUACAUUCUUCUAAUAGUGUUAUGUUGAAUAA